ACCUUCUUUUGUGUUCAGUAAGAAGCACGCGAGUCAAAGCAGAAACGGAGGGAAAAAACGAGGAAAGGAACGAUGGAGUCCAUAUUGUCGGAUCAGUCUGCUGCAGUGGAUGAUCUGGUGGAAGCGAGCAUCCAAGCCUUCGAUGAGAGAGGCACUUUGAAGGAUGCCUCCAUGGUGCGCAUGUUUAUCAUGAUGCACCCUUGGUAUAUCCCUUCAAUCGACCUGGCCAAGAAGCUUGUGCUCAAAUAUCAAGAGGAGAGCUGCACUGCUGAGCGCCGAACAAGAAUAUGCCACCUUGUCAAAUACUGGAUCUCUGAGUUUCCAGCAGAGUUCAAUCUGAGCCCGGAGCUGGCGGAGGAGAUCAAAGACUUUAAAGACCUCCUGACCACUGAAGGCAACGCGAGCCAGAGCCAGCUCAUUGACCUGGACAGUGUGCCAUCGUAUAAAUGGAAGCGGCAGGUGACUCAGCGUGUCCCGUCAGUGUCCAAAAAGAGGAAAAUGUCCCUGCUGUUUGACCACCUUGAUUCCUGUGAGCUGGCUGAACACCUGACCUACCUGGAGUACAAAUCCUUCUGCAAGAUCCUGUUUCAGGACUACCACAGCUUUGUGAUGCACGGCUGCACGGUGGAUAACCCCAUCCUGGAGCGUUUCAUCACCCUUUUCAACAGCGUCUCCCAGUGGAUCCAGCUCAUGGUGCUCAGCAAGCCCACCGCCCCGCAGAGGGCCGCCGUCAUCUCCCACUUCAUCAGGGUGGCACAGAAGCUGCUGCAGUUGCAGAACUUUAACACACUGAUGGCUGUGGUGGGCGGCCUCAGCAACAGCUCCAUCUCUCGUCUCAAAGACACACAGACCCACAUCAGCGCAGAGACCAACAAGGUUUUUAAUAACCUCAUUGAACUGGUGACAUCAUGUGGGAACUACAGUCAAUACCGCAAGCGCUUCUCAGAGUGCUCAGGCUUCCGGUUCCCCAUCCUCGGCGUGCACCUGAAGGACCUGAUAGCCGUGCACGUGGCGCUGCAAGACUGGGCUGAUAAAGAGAAAACACGGGUCAACCUGACCAAGACCCAACAGCUGUACGCCAUCCUUCAAGAGCUGGCGAGGAUCCAGACCACACCGCCUCACAUCGACGCCAACACAGACCUGCUCAACCUGCUGACGGUGUCUCUGGACCAGUACCACACGGAGGAGGAGAUCUACCAGAUGUCUCUACAGAGAGAACCUCGCAAGCCAGCGCAGAACUCCAGCCCCGCCACCGCGCCUGACCCCAAGCCUACCAUGAUCGAUGAGUGGUCCGUGUCGGUGAAGCCCAGCACCGACCCCACCAUCAUCAAGAAACACAUAGAGAAGAUGGUGGAGUCAGUCUUCAAGAACUUCGACUCAGACGGUGACGGCCACAUCUCUAGGGAUGAAUUUGAAGCCAUAAGGAACAACUUCCCAUACCUCAGCAAGUUUGGAGAACUGGACAAGAACCAAGACGGGAAGAUCAGCAGAGAGGAGAUGAUCGACUACUUUAUGAAAGCCAGUUCUCUGCUCAACUGCAAGAUGGGUUUCAUCCACACUUUCACUGAGAGCACCUACGUCAAGCCCACGUUCUGCGAGCACUGCGCCGGCUUUGUGAACCAUGUUGGAGAGGUACGCAGCACCCAGCAGGCACCAACUGUUGUUUUGUCAGAGAGAGCAGCACCUGACCUGAGGGCGGGGAACAGUGUGGUCUCCUAUGGCAACGGGACAGUCAGCAUCCACAGUGAGGGAAAUUAUAACCACAAUAGUUACUCUGCUGGCAACAGUAAUGGUCGGGGUGUGGAGCCACUGUACCAGAACAGCAAGGUCACAGUCUGCUCCAGCAGCUCCUCAGAGGAGACGGACAGCCUCAGGAAACCUCCUCCUUAUCACGUGGAGGAGAAGCAGAAGAAAAAACGGGAGCCCAGACCUGCUGCUCGGGAGAUGGUGGAGUCCACGUAUGAAACUGGUUACACAACCGGAGACACGGGCAAUGAGCUGGACCGGCACCACACAGAUUACCUCCACAGACUUUACCCAGAGAUUACUUCAGAUGAGCAGCGCAGGCAGUACAAGACGGAGUUUGACUCAGACCUGGCCCGCUAUAAGAGCCUCUGUGCAGAAAUGGAUGACGUUAGUGACGAGAUGCACAAGCUGAGCCGAGAACUGGACAUCCUGGAAGAGGACUCCAUGAAGUACCAGGGUGUGGCAGAUGAGUAUAACAGACUCAAAGACCUCAAAAAGACUUCAGACUAUAAAGCGAAGAAGAGGCAGUGCAAAGAACUUCGGCAGAAAAUUUUCCACAUCAAACGUCUGGUGAAAGUCUUUGACCAAGGUCUGUGUUAGUGUGAUGUAACAUUCUGUCCGACAGCCGAGGAUGAACACUGACACGCUGUGACCUGGCUGCAGAAACUAGGAUUGUAUCCUCCAUUUUCCCUCCAGUUCAGCUCAACAUGGGUGUGCUUGCAGCCACUGAACCUCAAGUGUUUUUGACCCCAAUGUUUACAACUACUGUGUGUGGCUUUGGCAGCUGUCAGAGUGGAUUACUGUCAGGUUAGCUACUGGUAGACUUUCAUCUGUGUGGUUGUAACAACAUGCUACUGUUAACAUUCAUAUUUGUUGUACCUUGUGUAAUAUUUAACAUUUAAAUGGCAAUUUUAUUUCAACAAUGUUUAAUUGUUACAGAAUGUUGCAGGAUGGGAAGCAAUGAGUGUCAGUUUUAAUACAGAAAUAAUGUAAUGAUGAAAAUGAUAGCAACAGAAAUUGAGUCAAUUAUUUAAACAAAUCAACAACUUUCAUAAAUACACUUCUACAUUUAAGGUUCAUGUCGCAGUGUUUAUUUGGCAUUCUUCAUACAGAUGUAAUUACAACAUUUUUUCAAAGAGUUAGAAAAAAAAAAACAUAACAAAAAGACACAUCGCCAUCUUUCGAAUCUUUUAAUAACUUUUCCACACACACACAAUUUAAAAAAACGUGAGAACUCAGUAACACAAAGAUAGGAAAACAUUAAUAGCAUAUUUAGCUUUUUUUUUUCUAUGACAUGGUUGCGUGAGUUGUUGCGUAAAAUAAAAGUCAAAAUAACUUUCGAAAGGCCCGGCGGUAGAUGAAGAAGCAGAGUUACAUCCUUCUACUUCGUGUUUGAAAACACUAAAUGCUGAAAUGCCUUGUGUUUAGAGUUGGUAUUGUUUUUUUCCUUUCAAAUAUUUUCCUCAUGUAAACCCGCCUCUUUAAAUACCAGCAUGAGGUAAAUCCCAGUGGACCAGCAGAUCAGGACCCAUCUUUUUUUAACUUAAGCAUGAUGUUUUGGCAUUGAAUAUCCUCCAAGUGCAGUUUCUCCAACCCAUUUCCACCUACAGUAUUGUCUCACAGCAUUCCCAACAGUAUAGACCCACUCAGUUAUAUCAGCUGUAAUGGCAUGAAGAUAAGCGUCUUUUUUGACAUCUAAGCAGAUGACAGAGGUAUUUUUCAUGUAAAUACAUAUAGAAAAAAAACAACAUUUAGAAGUAAACAGUGAAAGCAAUACUUAAAUGUUUAAAUGAAACUUGAAUUACAUUAUGUAAAAGAAUGAAACAAGUCUCCACUUAGCAGAGAUCCAAAACAACAUUUCAACAUGCAAAAAAUACAAAGUUGGCUUCAAUAUAUAUAUAUAUAUACAUACAUAUCAACACAUUUUGUCAGGGAUCAUUAUCCCCAGAAACAGAAUUGAUCGACGUAAACUGGUGUUUUCAUUAGUAGUGUUGGUUAUAAACUCUCACCACCAACUAUAACUAAUAGGGCUGUCCCGAAUACCAUUUUUCUGGCUCCGGAUAUUCGGUAGUAAUCAGCAGCGAAUAUUCGGAUAUUCG